AACAAAUAAAGAAUAACGCAACAAAAAUAUACAUAAAUUUGCCUACAAAUGCUUUGAGCUCACAGUCACCGUAUGAAACAAUGACUACUGAAAUGAAUAACGACGAGUUAGUGCUGAAAUUUCGUAAAAUAUGGAGUAGAUGGGGUAAAUGGAGUGAAUGCUCGGUAACAUGCGGCGAGGGUAAUAUAUCGCGUCGACGACACUGCGUAUCUGGAAGAUGUGCACCUGGGGAGUUUGAAGAGCAACGGCGACCGUGCACUCGUCGAGCAUGUGAAUGCUCUGAGAUCGUCGAUGACUUGCGUGAUAGAGAUUAGUAUAAGAGUAAUGUACAUAUGCAGUUAAAAAUAAUGUUCAUCUUC